UUUGGCUUCACUUUUGCGCAAGACAACGUCACUCAUAUCCGCUUAGCGCCAUUUUAAGUUGUGUUGCGUUUCUUGUCGGUUCGUCUGUCUGACUGAGUGAGUUCCAAUAAUUAAAAAUCAGAAAUGGCGGACGCUGAAGAUCUUCUCGACUAUGAAGAUGAAGAGCAGACUGAGCAAACUGUACAUGAAGCCGAAACUCAAGAAACCAAAAAGGCAGUAAAGGGCACAUAUGUAUCUAUUCACAGUUCGGGAUUCCGAGACUUCCUUCUUAAACCGGAAAUACUGCGAGCCAUCGUGGACUGCGGAUUUGAACAUCCAUCUGAAGUUCAACAUGAAUGUAUUCCACAAGCUGUUCUUGGUAUGGACAUUCUAUGUCAAGCCAAGUCUGGUAUGGGGAAAACGGCGGUAUUCGUUCUCGCCACACUUCAGCAGCUCGAACCCACUGAAAACGUGGUGUAUGUUCUGGUAAUGUGCCACACGAGGGAACUAGCUUUCCAAAUCAGCAAGGAAUAUGAACGAUUCAGCAAGUACAUGCCAAGUAUUAAAGUGGGUGUCUUCUUUGGUGGCCUGCCGAUUCAAAAGGAUGAAGAAAUGCUGAAGAACAAUUGCCCUCACAUUGUGGUUGGUACGCCUGGCAGGAUAUUGGCUUUGGUCAAGUCGAAGAAACUCAAUUUGAAGCAUUUGAAACAUUUCAUUUUGGAUGAAUGUGAUAAAAUGCUAGAAUUGUUAGAUAUGAGGCGUGAUGUACAAGAAAUCUACAGAAACACCCCACAUGGCAAACAAGUGAUGAUGUUCAGCGCCACUUUAAGCAAAGAUAUUCGACCGAUCUGCAAGAAGUUUAUGCAAGAUCCCAUGGAAGUAUAUGUUGACGAUGAAGCAAAGCUGACGUUGCACGGUCUUCAACAGCAUUAUGUAAAACUGAAGGAAAAUGAGAAGAACAAAAAAUUAUUUGAGCUGCUGGAUGUUCUGGAAUUUAACCAGGUUGUUAUUUUCGUGAAAUCUGUUCAAAGAUGUGUGGCACUGGCGCAGCUACUUACUGAACAAAAUUUCCCAGCCAUAGGCAUCCACAGAGGAAUGGAUCAGAAAGAAAGACUGUCUCGAUACGAACAAUUUAAGGAUUUUCAAAAGAGGAUAUUGGUUGCCACGAAUUUAUUCGGUAGAGGGAUGGACAUAGAACGAGUCAACAUUGUUUUCAACUACGACAUGCCAGAAGAUUCCGACACCUACCUGCAUAGGGUUGCCAGAGCUGGUCGGUUUGGAACGAAAGGAUUGGCAAUUACUUUCGUGUCAGAGGAAAGCGACGCUAAGAUUCUGAACGAGGUUCAGGAUCGUUUUGACGUCAACAUCACAGAAUUGCCCGAUGAAAUCGAUCUCAGUUCUUACAUUGAAGGACGAUGAAGUUAUAAAUAAUAAAUAUGUGUAUUUUUUACCGAAUAAGAUUGAUGAAAAUAAUUCUAAUUUGUAGUAAUAAAUUUUUUGUUUUAAAAA